UACUGAUUUAGUGACCCAAUUGUUAAACGUGUCUUCUUCCUAAAAUUGGAGGCAAAACACAAACCCUAGCAUCCGCUUCUGCUCCUUCAUCGUUUCUCUCUGCAAUCCAUUUUCACGGAGCUAGCUAAAAUCAAGCUUCAACCAAUGGCAACGACCGAGACCACAGUUUUGCAAUUUUCACACUCUUCUAACACUUUAUCUGCCAAGGUUCAUCCUUUGGUUAUCUUCAACAUUUGUGAUUGCUAUGUCAGGCGCCCCGACCAGGCCGAUCGAGUCAUUGGUACUCUUCUUGGCUCGGUUUUACCUGAUGGAACUGUUGAUAUUCGUAACUCUUAUGCUGUUCCCCAUAACGAGUUCUCGGAUCAGGUUGCGCUGGAUAUUGACUAUCAUCACAAUAUGUUAAGUUCACAUCAAAAAGUUAAUCCAAAGGAAGUUAUCGUUGGAUGGUACUCCACUGGUACGGGAGUAACGGGUGGCAGUGCAUUGAUACACGAAUUUUAUUCAAGAGAAGUUGCAAACCCUAUUCACCUUACUGUUGAUACUGGGUUUAAGAAUGGUGAAGGGACGAUAAAAGCAUAUAUCUCUGUCAAUUUGUCCCUGGGAGAUAGACAGCUUGCUGCUCAGUUUCAAGAAAUUCCUUUGGAUCUUCGAAUGGUCGAAGCUGAGAGACUUGGAUUUGAUAUUCUGAAGACAACUUCUAUUGAUAAACUGCCAAAUGAUUUGGAAGGAAUGGAAGCUUCAAUGGAGAGAUUGCUUGCCUUAAUCGACGACAUUUAUAAAUAUGUUGAUAACGUUGUGGAAGGGCACGUUGAGGCUGACAACACGAUAGGGAGAUUUCUAGCUGACACUGUAGCAUCUCUUCCAAAACUGUCGCCAGCUGCUUUUGAUAAGCUGAUGAAUGACAACGUGCAGGACCAUUUGCUGUUGCUGUAUUUGUCAAGUAUUACCCGGACACAGUUGAGCUUGGCUGAAAAGUUGAAUACCGCAGCUCAGAUCCUGUAACUUCAUCAACCAGCAUAGUUGAAAUUUUCGUGUUAUUUGUUUGGUGAUUGACCAAAAUCUAAGAAUAUUCGGAUACUUUGAAUGAGCUUACUGUCAAGAUUCUUCUUAUACUGCCUGCUUUUGUGGAAUAUGUUGUCUAGUUUUUACUUUACUACCAUUAUUAACAUCAACAAUUUUCCCCUAUACUCCGUAUUAUGUUUGCCACAAACCUUUCUUAUCUUUUGCUUUCUAGUACAGUUCAUUUUUUGAGGCAA